UCCUUCUCCUUAAGUCUACUAUAUAUAUAUAUAUAAAUAUAUCUGUAUCCAUAUAUAUUCCCCAACCUUCCCCCCCUCUCUCUCAAAUUUGAAACUUAGCUAGUUUUUGAGAGACAUAAACAAAGAGAGAGAAAUAGAGACAUAGAAGAUAAGAGAGAAAAAGAUAGAUAGAUAGAUAGAUAGAUAGAUAGAUAAAGAGAGAGUGAUUAAUGGGGAGCAACAAAAGCAGUAGUAGUAAGCUCAAAGAUCGGCUUGCUCGCAUGUUCCGGCCUGCGUCGCUGCUCCGCUCCUCCUGCAACCCUUCGACAUCCUCCGCUUCCUCCGCCGCCGCCGCCGCCAUGAGCUCCGCAAACACGUCGAGCCGAGCCCUUCUCGCCGACGUCGCCCACAACCCCGUGUUCGUCCCCAACACCCGCACCGUCGAUAGCGACCGUAACGAUCUCGGUCGCUCUUUAUCGUUUCCGAUCACCGAUGACCCCCGCGGGCAUCGCACGGCCCCCCUCCCUCGGAUCUCCGUAGACUGCGGUCGCUGCAGCCGACCUCAUCACCGCGACGCAGUUCCUCCGCCGCUUAUCGUAAAGAACGCGAAGAGAUCGAAUAGUUCUGCUUGUAAGAAUACAAAGGUAGAGAGGAGAGUUCGCGAGAACGGCGGAUUCUACGAAACCGGUGGAGUGGCGGAGGGGAGAACCUGCCCUCCGGUUUCGCCUUCUUCUCCGUCGAAGAGCUUUUCGGCCUCUCGCAACUACUGCUACUACAACCACCACCGAUGCUUCAAUGAAGCAAAGCUAGAAGAUCUGACGAAGAAGAAGACGAAUAAGAAGACGAAGAAGAAGAAGAAGAAGCUGCUCUUGACCAACAGUUACGGAUUCACCAGCUCUUCUUCGAUCGAGAGCGACGAUGGCUACGCAUUCUUCAGCAGCGAAGAAGAAGAAGAAGAAGAGGCAGGGAAACGAGGAGAAGAGACUGAGACGUUCUUCUCGUCGAAGAGCUUCUCCUCCGACUCCUCCGAGUUCUACCGACGGCCGCUGCCGAAGCACAGAAGCAAUACGAACACGAAGGAGAAGGAGAAGGAGAAGGAGAAGAAGAGUCGAGGGCGGCGGAGGAUCAGAUCGAGAUCGGUCGGGAGCUCGUGCAACAGCUGCAACGUGAAGGAAGGGUUCCGGCCGCUGGUGUCGGUGGCGGCGGCGAGCAAGGAGGCGAAGAAGAAGAAGGGGUUUGCGGUGGUGAAGCGGUCGAGCGAUCCCUACGCCGACUUCCGGACGUCGAUGGUGGAGAUGAUCGUCGAGCGGCAGAUCUUCGCAGCCGACGAGCUGGAGCGGCUGCUGCAGUCGUACCUCUCGCUCAACUCGCCGCGCCACCACCCCAUCAUCCUGCAGGCCUUCUCUGACAUCUGGGUGGCUCUCUUCGGCAAUUAAUUUUGCGGCAAAUAAAGAAUGUGCAUGUUAAUUAUUAUGUUGUUUUCUUGUUUUAAUUUCUAAUGUGUUUCUUAUUUCUCCCUCUCUUUGUUGCUGUGCUUGUUUCUUGUACCUUUUGGUAUUAUUUAGGAGUUUCACUGUUAAGUCUCUAACUAGUUAUGACAUUUUUCUUUUAUAAUUAAGUUUUGUCUCUUAA